GAGUUGUCAUCACUCCCUCCUUCUGAACUUUACGGCGUUCAAAGCAGAACAGGAAGCGAGAAAAAAUAAGUUGGUCCUUUAAGAAAAUUGUGGGCUUGGAUCUCCGGACCGAUACUUCUCUCUCUCUUUUUUUUUUUUUUACCCCCGCAUCGACUCCUAAUUUGGGAUUUGUUUAAGAACCCUGGGAGCCUUUCUGAAGCGCUAGCUCGCCCGGGAUAAAAGGGAUUUUUUUCUUUUCUACCCCCUGACAUUAAUUCACAAAAUGUCUGACUCCACCGUUAAUGCUCACUUGGAAGGAAUCAUAUCAGAUUUUGAAGCUCUGAAGCGGUCGUUCGAGGUGGAGGAGGACCGCGACGCGACCGCGCACCCCUCCCUGCACACGCGCCGGGCCACCAGCCUGCGGGCCACCUUCUCGCCCACGGGCCACCUGGGGGCCCGGAACUCGGACCCCGCCUCCGGCCCCGGCCCCGGCCCCGCCGGCCUGCGGCGCACGGACCUGGCGGGCGGCCGGCUCGCCGACCCGGGGUCCCGGCGCUCGGAGAUCUCCAUCGACAUCUCGUCGCGGCAGGCGGACGGCGCGGCGGCCGGCGCCGCGUUCUCCCGCUUCGGCCUGAAGCGCCCGGACGUCCGGAACGCCGACGCCCCCCUCCGACGGGCGGAGCCGGCCGUGGUCCGCCCCCAGGAGCCCCCGACGCCGCCCCGGCGGGCCGACCCGCCCGCCGCCUCCCUCUCCCGGACCUCGGACCCGCCCCUAAAGAGGGCGGAGCCUCCCAGCCCGGCGGAGGCGCCGUCCCGGCGGCUGGAGACCCUCCUCAGCAACAACUGCGUGGCCCCGCCCACCGCCACCGCCACGGCCAAUCACACGGAGCAGAAGGCUCAGCCGCCGCCGCCGACGCCCGUCUCUGAGGUCAUCCCUGCCGCAGUGAACCGAUCAGACGUCAUUCCGAGCUACAACAGCGCCAUGUCAGAGCCCGUCAAGCCGGCAGUGCCCGCGGCGUGCCCGGAGGUGCCCAGCGUGGACUUCAGCUACGUGGGCAUCGACGCCAUCCUGGAGCAGAUGAGGAGGAAGGCCAUGAAGCAGGGCUUCGAGCUCAACAUCAUGGUUGUGGGGCAGAGUGGCCUGGGCAAGUCCACGCUCAUGAACACGCUGUUCAAGUCCAAGGUGAGCCGCAGGUCCGUGCUGACCACCAUUGAGGAGAGGAUCCCCAAGACCAUCGAGAUCAAGUCCAUCAGUCAUGACAUUGAAGAGAAGGGGGUCAGGAUGAAGCUCACUGUCAUUGACACUCCAGGGUUUGGGGACCAGAUCAACAAUGAGAACUGCUGGCAGCCCAUAAUGAAGUUCAUUAAUGACCAGUAUGAGCAGUACCUGCAGGAGGAGAUCAACAUCAACAGGAAGAAGCGCAUCCCAGACUCCAGAGUGCACUGCUGCAUAUACUUCAUCCCCCCAACAGGACACUGCCUGAGGCCGCUGGAUGUGGAGUUCAUGAGGCGGCUCAGUAAAGUGGUCAACAUCGUCCCGGUCAUCGCCAAGGCAGACACCCUCACCCUGGAGGAGAGAGACUUCUUCAAAAUGAAGAUCAGGGAGGAGCUGAGAGUUAACGGCAUCGAUGUGUACCCUCAGAAGGAGUUUGAUGAGGACGCAGAGGACAGAAUGAUCAAUGAGAAAAUACGGGAAAUGAUCCCGUUCGCCGUGGUGGGGAGCGACCAGGAAUAUCAGGUCAACGGGAGGAGGAUUCUGGGAAGAAAGACAAAAUGGGGCACCAUAGAAGUUGAAAACAUUGGCCACUGUGAGUUUGCCUAUUUGCGGGAUCUUCUCAUUAGAACCCACAUGCAGAACAUAAAGGACAUCACCAGCAGCAUCCACUACGAGGUCUACAGGGUGCGGCGCCUGAACGAGAGCAACGCCCAGACCAACGGCGUCCUGGAGCACCACGCGUCCGCCCACGAGAUGUAGACACCUGCCCCCCCCCACGCCCCCCCUCCCCUGCCCCACCU